AUGGCGCAACCGAUCGAGCAAUGGAUCACCGGCAUUCCCCCUGUUACUCGAACAUGGGUGGCAGCUGCUGUUGGCGCUAGUAUAUUAGUGGAAUGCCAGCUCGUUGCGCCCGUACAGCUGUGGUUCUCGUGGAAGGCGGCUCUGGGCAAUAUGCAGCUCUGGCGAUUCAUCACCACGUUCUGCUAUUUCGGUCCAUUAUCGCUAGAUCUGGCAUUUCAUCUUUUCUUCAUAAUGCGCUAUUCGCGCUUAUUAGAGGAAAACUCUUUCUCCAAUCGUAGAGCAGACUACGUCUUCCUGCUCCUCCUUUGUGCUGCCUUCCUGCUGGCUAUUGCCCCGCUCCUCACUAUGCCAUUCCUCUCGUCCUCCCUCGCCUUCUCAUUGGUGUAUAUCUGGUCACGGCGGAACCCAUCGAUCAAGAUGAGCCUCUUUGGGGUGAUCACUAUCACCGCACCGUAUCUUCCGCUCUGCCUGGUGGCGUUCUCGUGGCUUCUGCAAGGCGGCUUCCAGGCAGCUAUCGGCGAUAUAGUCGGAAUACUAGCUGGGCACACCUACGUCUUCCUGCAAGACUACUGGCCCAGAGAAAUGUGGAGCCGGACAGGCAAGGGCGAGGUGCAAACACCGCAAAUACUGUGA